GAACCCCGAAAACGCCAACAAGUAGUUUCUCCUUUGAGAAGGGCGGCUCAGCUGGCCGCAGAGACUCCGUCUGGCUGCAGGGAAAACCUCGACCACUCGGAGACCCAAGCAGAUCCACUUUUCUCCCUGUCUCCUUAAGUCAUGUCUGAGCCACAGAGAUGGGCAAGAUCGAGAACAACGAGAGGGUGAUCCUCAAUGUCGGGGGCACCCGGCACGAAACCUACCGCAGCACUCUCAAGACCCUUCCCGGAACGCGCCUGGCCCUUCUCGCCUCCUCUGAACCUCAGGGCGACUGCCUGACCGCUGCGGGGGACAAGCUGCAACCGCUGCCCCCUCCGCUCUCUCCGCCGCCGCGACCGCCUCCCUUGUCCCCGGUCCCCAGCAGCUGCUUCGAGGGCGGCGCGGGCAACUGUAGUUCCCACGGUGGCAACGGCGGAGACCACCCUGGGGGAGGCCGCGAAUUCUUUUUCGAUCGCCACCCGGGCGUCUUCGCCUAUGUGCUCAACUAUUACCGUACAGGCAAACUGCACUGCCCCGCCGACGUGUGCGGGCCGCUCUUCGAGGAGGAGCUGGCCUUCUGGGGCAUCGACGAGACCGACGUGGAGCCCUGCUGCUGGAUGACUUACAGGCAGCACCGUGACGCGGAGGAGGCGCUGGACAUCUUCGAGACACCCGAUCUCAUCGGAGGCGACCCUGGUGACGAUGAGGACCUGGCGGCCAAGAGGCUGGGCAUUGAGGAUGCAGCAGGGCUGGGAGGAGCCGAUGGCAAGUCUGGCCGCUGGAGGAGGCUGCAGCCCCGCAUGUGGGCCCUCUUUGAGGACCCCUACUCAUCCAGAGCCGCCAGGUUUAUUGCGUUUGCUUCUUUAUUCUUCAUCUUGGUUUCCAUCACGACCUUUUGCCUGGAGACUCACGAAGCUUUCAAUAUUGUUAAAAACAAGACAGAGCCAGUCAUCAAUGGCACAAGCCCCGUUCUCCAGUAUGAGAUCGAAACGGAUCCUGCCUUGACGUAUGUAGAAGGAGUGUGUGUGGUGUGGUUUACUUUUGAAUUUUUAGUGCGUAUUGUCUUUUCACCCAAUAAACUUGAAUUCAUCAAAAACCUCUUGAACAUCAUUGACUUUGUGGCCAUCCUCCCUUUCUACCUAGAAGUGGGACUCAGCGGGCUCUCCUCCAAAGCUGCUAAAGACGUGCUUGGCUUCCUCAGGGUGGUUAGGUUUGUGAGGAUCCUGAGAAUCUUCAAGCUCACCCGCCAUUUUGUAGGCUUGAGGGUGCUAGGACACACUCUUCGCGCCAGCACCAAUGAAUUUUUGCUGCUCAUCAUCUUCCUGGCUCUAGGAGUUUUGAUAUUUGCCACGAUGAUCUACUAUGCCGAGAGAGUGGGAGCACAGCCGAAUGACCCCUCAGCUAGUGAGCACACCCAAUUCAAAAACAUCCCCAUUGGUUUCUGGUGGGCUGUGGUGACCAUGACUACGUUAGGCUAUGGGGAUAUGUACCCCCAAACGUGGUCAGGGAUGCUGGUGGGGGCCUUAUGUGCUCUGGCUGGAGUGCUGACAAUAGCCAUGCCCGUGCCUGUCAUUGUCAACAAUUUCGGAAUGUAUUACUCCCUGGCAAUGGCGAAGCAGAAACUUCCGAGGAAAAGAAAGAAGCACAUUCCUCCUGCGCCUCUGGCAAGCUCACCUACAUUUUGCAAGACAGAGUUAAAUAUGGCUUGCAACAGUACCCAGGGUGACACGUGUCUGAGUAAAGAAAACCGGCUUCUGGAACAUAACAGAUCAGCUUUACCUCUGCCACAUGGUACCCUGCCUCUCAACCUCGUUCAGGAGAAGCAGUUGCUUAAGGAGAAUGGAUGCUUGCAUGUCAAAGGCCUAGACACUAAAAAGUGUUAUCAGGUGACGACAGUACAGGAAGUGAGCCGCCACUAUCACCUCCAGAAAGGCUCCCCAUCAGACGCUCUAGUACCAGAGACAAAAACAGAAGAGGGGAAACGUGUUUCCUAUUGACGACAGGUGAUUACACGUGCACUUCUGAUGGAGGGAUCAGGAAAGAUAACUGCAAAGAGGUUGUCAUUACUGGUUACACGCAAGCCGAGGCCAGAGCUCUUUCUUAAUGACUUGGGGAAGGCACAAAAGAUGAGAGAAAGGUAACUGCUAGCCAGGCUUGCAUUGUUUAGCCAGGAAUUGCUGCUUGGUAAUAGGACCAUUACCCCCGUUCUCCCCUCCUCUUUGUAAAUCCUAGAAUUUGUCAUUAUUUUCAAAGGUAGAGUGCUAAAUAUUACCCAAAGCUCUUGUAUAAUUUUAUUUAUGAUGUUGUGUGAACAUCCAAGUUUACUGGUGUUCACUAGAGGGUUUUGCUUGUUUGCUUUGUUUUUGACUAGCCUUAAAAUUUGAAUCCAAGGACUAACCAGACUUUUCAGGCCGUGUUUAAUCAGGUGCUGUGUCCUGUGUGUUGUUUUCAUCUGUCUGUCUUUAGCUCCCUGUCUUAACUGUCUGUGCCAUCUGUCUCCACAGAGGGUAGACAAUCCCUGAGAAGCUCUUUAAACUUAGCACUAAUCUCCCUACUCCUGCCCCCUGACUUCUAUGCUACUUGGAGCAGCCUCUCUGCUUUGUAUAUGUGUCAACGAUGCUCUGUAGACUACCUAAAUUCAUAGGCACUGUGAAUCUUCUUUGAUGAGCAGGACCGAAACAGCAAUCUCACCAUAGUACUUGGUUGCCUAGUGCAAUGUCAUUUCUACUACCUAGCAACCAGCAUUCAUUACUACAUUCCAGCAAACAUCCCUAAGGAGUCUUUCGCAGUCUGGAGGGAAGAGAGUCUGUUUACACAUCCCUACCCAAUGCCAUAGCAAUAGUGUGUCUGAUAUUUUAGGUAGAUGAGGGAAGAAAAAUGCCAUAAUAUAGUUGCAGUGUAGACAAUACCUUUGACACAUUGAUCCUUAAGAUUGUUAAUGAAUUCCUAACUCUCGUGUUUCUUUUUGAUAGAAAGACAAUUGUCUCCUUUGUUAUUGGCUAAAGGCAUGUGUUAGUCUUCACCCCCAAGCUGUAGAGCAUGCACUGCAUGUCAGAGAUCUUGUACAGCAAUGUAUUUGCCCAGACGUAGCCAUCCGAGACUUAGAGAUACCAUGAUUAUUUUGAUAACACCGCUAUAGAAUGCUAUAAACAUGCAAAGGUUUAUGGUAAAGAAUUAAUAUGCUGUCUGGUGCUGCUGUUAUUGACUGCAGUGUUGUACAGAAUUUAUCAUGGAUUUUUGACUGCUGAAAAAGGGGCAGUGAGAUUUAGCCAUACCCAGGAUUGUACUGGAAACUUCUGCUACUGAAUGUGCCCUGAUGUGACCAGUUUGCAUUCAGAAGAGGUCCUGCACCUUCGUGAAGCCAUUGAAAGCUUAUAAAGGAACAGUGAUCGGAACUGAAGCGGUGCUCGCCAAGGAAAGAGUCUGCUUGUCGGCUGACCAGUGUCCAGGAAACACCUGUAAAUACCACCGCGUGCAUGGGUCAACCGCUCCAACAAUCUGAUAACACAGGAAGCCAGCUUCAUGAUUAACAUCCCGGAAGUUCCAAGGAAUGCCCAUGAGACUCUUGAGUGUCUCCUCUUCAGGUCAUGGUGGCUUUGUUGAGAAUUACCGAAGGCAGUGAAUCUGAUGUAGUAUUUGUACAUUGUAUGUUGGUUCCACAAACACUUGACUGCCUCAUUUUCUUGCAAUCAGCUUGUUCACUGUGCUGUAGACUUUUAGUGUCUCCAUAUAAAAUCUAACUAAUUUUUAGUCAUGUAUUCAUUCAGUUCUGGAAAAGUGUUAUUAUCUAAAAGAAUUCCUCCACAACAGUAUUCAGAGUUUAAGUCUUCUGUCGUUGUUACCUCAAUUAUAAAUAUUAAAAAAUAUAAAUUCUGGCAAGGAGAAUAUAUUUUUAUUAAAUGAUCAAGGGAGAUGUCAGUAUAUAGUAGAAUAUUAUCAAAUUAUAUCCUAAAAUGUCUAUUUUGCAUAAAAGAGAUAUUCUUUAAUUAAUUCCUUUUUUGUGAGCUUUGUGGCUAAUGAAGCCUGUAUUUGUCUUUAACACUGCUGUAGCUCAAAUUGUAUGAGAGUUUUUCAUCUUGCUUAAUCAAUAUUUCUAGAAUCUAUUAGUUCCCCUGGGAUUCUGAAUAUACUGUAUAACCUAAUUAUGAACCCCUGUAUCGUGUACCUUUUGUGACCACCUCAAGGUGCAUGCGUAACCUUGGUGAUAAGCCAAUGGACAUGUUACUAACUGAAAUGAAGAAUAAAAGGCAAAUGGCCGGGGAGAAACUUGAAUCCUAUCUGAUUAAAUCAUUCAUAUCAU